CACGCAAUUACAAAGAAAGUCGACAUUCCAUUCUCAAGGGCUGGACCAAUAGACAUGCGACUUCCAUCCUUACUACGACGUUUAUUUCUUUUUCUUUUUAGUCUUGCAUUCUUAGCAUUUCUUACGCCAGCAGCCAAUGCAGAUGGUCCAAAAGAUGCUGAAGUAGUUCAGGAAUUCUUUUCAAAUGGCAGCGGACACACAAAUAACUGGGCUGUCUUGGUAUGUACAUCAAGGUUUUGGUUCAACUACCGCCAUAUCGCAAACACAUUGUCCAUGUAUCGAACAGUCAAGCGACUUGGUAUACCAGAUAGCAAUAUCAUUCUUAUGCUUGGCGAUGAUGUUGCAUGCAACCCUCGAAACAAGUUCCCAGCGACUGUGUUCAACAAUGCGGCUCGUCUACUUGAUCUCUAUGGUGAAAACGUCGAGGUCGAUUAUCGUGGCUAUGAAGUGACGGUCGAGAACUUCAUCCGAAUGCUCACAGGACGAGUGUCGGCAGAUACCCCACGUUCCAAGCGACUUUUGUCGGAUGAUCGUUCAAAUAUUCUAGUUUACAUGACUGGACACGGCGGAAAUGAAUUUUUGAAGUUCCAAGAUGCUGAAGAAAUAAGUGCUUUUGAUUUAGCCGAUGCAUUUAGGCAAAUGUGGGAGAAGCGAAGGUACAAUGAGAUGCUCUUCAUGAUAGACACUUGCCAAGCCAAUACGAUGUAUAGCAAGAUCAUGUCUCCUAAUAUUUUGGCCACGGGAAGUAGCGAGUUGGGAGAGAGCUCUUAUUCUCACCAUCCUGAUUGGGACAUUGGAGUGGCUGUUAUCGAUAGUUAUACGUAUUAUAACUUGGAAUUUUUAGAGAAUAUUGAUAUGUCAAGUACCAAGACACUCAAGGAUUUGUUCGAUUCAUAUGAUGCUGAAAAAAUCAAAUCCACACCAGGCAUACGCAGCGACUUAUUCCGUAGACCACUUGACCAGGUCCGCGUGACUGACUUUUUCGGGAGCGUUCAAAGAGUGGAACUGACGCCAACAAGAUUCAUCACGACCUGACAAGCUGCAGGCGAAACCGAGCCAUGUAUUUCAUGUCAAGCAAAAGGAACAUGCUGUCUCACCCUACAUUCUAUUUUUAUUGGGUGCUGGAGUGAUCUUUAGUGUGCUGAGAGUUGCCAAGCAGCGUUCAACAGCACAAUAGAGAAAAAAAACGUGCGCCAUUCCAUUUGCUAAGAUAGGGUUACACCUGGAUGAGGUACUCUAACAAUAGAGCUUAAAAUUGUGAUUUUCCCCCCUCUCUACCGUUUUGUACAAAGGCCAAUAGCAUUUUCUUCUAUGACAGCAUUCUUUUUUAUUCUUUU